CUAUAUUUAGAAAGCAGAGCCAAUAACCAGGAGAGCAUAAAGCCGGACCUUUUUUCAAUUCUUUGCUUCUUCUACGGGAGGCUAUCGUUUGAUUCACAUUCCCGGAGAAAGAUAAGGAAUACCAAAUAACGAAUAUGGGUUUCGGUAGCUUGAUACUGCUUUCUUUGGCAGCGCAUGCUGCUAAUGCAAUGUAUCCAAUGGAAUACGUCGAACUUUCCCGUCUUCCUGCUGCAACUAAAUUCGAUUCCUCGGAAGAUAUAUUUGCAAUUCGAAAAUCGGAUGACGACAGCGAUUAUGAUGAUUCUUCGAGUUCUGAAUCUGAUGAAACGAAAGCUGAGUUCCGAAGCGAUGAAUCAGACUUUAAUUUUUCUAAUUCUAGAAGAAAUGAAGAUAGGUGGACCGAUCAGGAUUCCAACGAAUCUAAUAAAUACAAUGAUUUCGAAGAAAAUGAUGCACUGUUCUCUUCAGAGUCAUCGGCAAAAAGAAAACGUGAUGAUUAUUACGAUAAUUUGGGGAAAAAAUCUAAGAGUUCUUUCUAUAUUUCUCCUCUUCGAAAUGACAAGGAAGAUGAAUCCGAAGAAAAAAUAGGCAAUACAGAUGCAGAAGAAGAACACUAUGUUGCUGAAGAAUCUUCGAAUCAGAGGAGUAAGUCUAAAUUGUCAGAUUAUGAUGACUAUUAUCCCCAAAAGAAUGGCAAUGCUGAAUCCCAGUCUUACAACCAUCAAACCAGGGAAGAUUCCUAUCAAGCAUCCUCUUCCAGAUAUAUCCCACAAUUAACUCUGCCUCUGAGAACUGAAUCUUUGCAAGAUCCUCCAGCAAGAAGGGCGUCACGAAGCAGGAGAUAUCACCCAAGACCACGUCCGAUUCCAAUAGACGAUAUCACAUCGGUUGAGAAUUCAGAACACCACAAUAUUUCCCCUUAUCCUCAUUCGCCCAAGCCAGCUCCUCAGGUCCAAAGGCGCAGAUACGAGAAAAAACAUUCUUCGAAGAGACCUGCAGAAUCAUACGUACGCCAGACAUACACACAUGACGGAACCAAGUUUACAAAGAGGAGGCCAAAACCAUUGGUGAAAGAAAGCAGAGACUUUGCUCAAUAUUCUGUUCAAGCUGACGUUCCAUCCUUCCCUAAAGGUUACGGAAAAGCUACAAGAGAGCAAUUCCACGAACAAGGGACAAGUGGGCCUCAUUCGUACAAGUUCGGCUACAAUACUGGAGAUGAGAAUAAUCCGAUGGCUCGCUAUGAGGAGCGUGGCCCUGACGGUAUUGUGCGAGGAUCUUACAGCUACGUGGAUGCGCUUGGAAAAAAACAAGUCGUGAAUUACGAAUCCCAUCCCAAGCACGGUUUCAGAACAACGUUUAAUGAGAGCUAGAAAAAGAACUUAUACGACAAAUAAUCACUAAAACCUGAGUGCAUCGCGAAGUACCCUGUUCAUCAAUUUCGUGGAUAGUUACAUCCUCGUGCUUUGACCACGAAAGCUUACAUUAUCGUCUUCAACUAUUUUCGCGUUUUUCAUAAGCACUGGCUAAGCCGUGCGCACAAUUCACAAGUGCACAUCAGUAUAGCCACUGAGGGAGGGAUUUCAAAAAUGGACCAAUGAGCUUCUAUUGCUCCUGUGACGCUGAAUAUUUGAAACUGUGGAUAUGACCGCAUGUUAUUGUUUACGUUUUAUUUUGUAUUUGUUUCGCAGUUAUAUAUAUAUGGCGUAUAAAUGCUGCUACCAUUUUAGUAAAAAAUCUCGUAGCGCUUUCAUUUUAUGAGUUUAUUAAAUCGCCAGUCAUGUCACUUUCGUCAAACUUAUCCCGCAUUGAUAUUCGGAGUAACGUUCGCGGCAUAUUAUCGCUCUUUAUAUCGAGAAAAUGACUCAAAAUACAGUUAGCCUCGAAUAUUAUGCGUUUACUAACUCCUUAGGAUUAAGAGAAUUUAAGUAUACAGUUUUUCAUUGAGUUGAGAAUAACUGGAAGGGCUACAAUGAAUCUAGUAUUUUCUUAUCUUAAAGCUUGAAUUCCUUUGAUUUUGAAAGUGUAAGAUUAAAAAAUAUAUCGUGAAUAAUUUGAUUAUACCUAUUGUAAACAUUAAAAAUUAUUUAUGAGUAAAUUAAAAGUAUUUGUUGUGAAUGAGAUUACUUCAUUCUCUUUGAAGAGCAUUUCUUGUGCAGACAAUACAUUUAAGAGUGAACAGUUAUUAAUGCGAAACUUAACACACUAAAUGUGUAGGAAUGCGAAUUAGGAAAAUUCGCUUUAAAUAAAAUUCCACAUUGACUAUUAUUACAGAACAACGUUUUCAUAUAGACUGCAAUAAAAAUUUCUAAGACUUCUACUAUUUACAUAUUAAAUUAUGCUCGUAUUUAAUCGAACUUCACACUAAUUUCAACAAGACAUCCGCAAUACUUUAAUUAUUUUGUACAGGAAAUUGCAUGGCAAACCUUUUCAAACCGUCUUCCUUUAAGAUCGGCAAAGAUCAUGUAAAAUGACAUAAAUAUUACUGGAAGCCCAUUGAUCCAUUCUAGAAGCCAAGCCCUUGCACUUACAAAAUAUGCAAGCCGUGCUUGCAUGCUUGUACGUUAAACGCCGCACAUGCAACCAACUGUCAGAUGAUAUAUAUCAAAAACGAGUACUUUGACAUAAAUUGAGAUGACACCUUCAUUUUUUGUUUCAGUGAUUUCCAAGUAAGCAAUGACAUGCCUGCUGUUAUAGGAAUCCUCAACAAUAAAUUAUGUAAAGUAAGAGCAUCAUAAGUGUGAGGAACUUGAUCAUCUGUAGAACUGGAUUCAACUUUACAUAAAGAGAUUCUUCAGAGAUAUUUGCGAGAAAGUCUAAGCACAUUUUCUAAAAUGUUCCUACUGUUCAAUAAGUUUUCUAGAAACGCUCUAUUUUCAAUUUCUUUACGUUUUUAACUACGAUAAUAUGCAGAACAUAUAUAUAUGUUUAAAAAAAGUCUCUUUUAUUGCUCGAGAGUGGAUUCCCGAAACGACAUCGGGAAUUUAGCAUGCCUCUAAGCGUCAAAAUGGUUAAAAAGCAAAUUUUGGAACGCUCUUAAAAAAGGAAUUUACAAAAUAUAGAUGAUGGUUUAAUUCACUACGGUUAACUGCUCUUGCUUUCUACAUCGUUGUUUUAUACCAACUGUGCUGACCAAUACACAGAAACACAGCCUUCAGAUUUCCAGUGUGAAGAAAAAGUCAAAUGAAAGUGUUUUAACGCAUAAGUGACUUUUUAACUCCGUUCGGAGAUGAGCUUCAGUAACUGCCAAUCAGGCGUUCUAGUAACUGUUCUAUUAUAGGAAAGUUAAAAAAAGAAAGGAAAAGACGAGGAAAAGCAAGGUGUUUAUUUGCGAGCUUGGCUGCAAAAAAUAACUUCCUAGAAGCUCGCAGAAGAAUUAAGAAAUGAAAGAUUUCACUGAAUAAUCGAAGCAAAAUAAGUAUCUGUAACAGUUACUUAAACACGGCUAUAGGUACUUAAAAUUCGCAGUUUUUAUGCAUCCGAAAUGUCUAUUAUUUGAAAAGAAAUUUUAUUUUUGUAAAUAAUUUUUAACAAAAUAAAGAAAUUCUAAUAUUGUG